CUCGGCACGCCACGAGUGGAGUAUUGUGUGCAGAGGUUAUAUGUGUCACUGACAAGAAAUCAACUCCAAAUAUGGCAAGCGAUAAAAAAACCGGAAAAUCACAAACUAAGGGUGGAAAAUCGAACGAAGAAAUUCUCGCUGCUUUCCAGGCGCUGCGAAAUGACCAGAGAUUGAUGGCCAGCAAGUUGUCAGAGAUGGAAAUGGAGUUGAACGAGCACAAAAUUGUCAUCGAUACAUUGAAGACUGUGGAUCCCAAGAGGAAAUGCUACAGAAUGAUCGGGGGAAUUUUGUGUGAGCAAGUCGUUGGCGAGGUUCUCCCCAAUCUCACAGCCAAUAAGGAGCAGUUGACAAAAGUAAUAGCAUCACUUCAGGAUCAGUUAACCAAGAAAGGCACUGAAAUAAAUGAAUUCAAGGAAAAACACAACAUAAGGAUACGAGGGAUUGAUGAACUACAGCAAACAGAGGAGGAGGCGAAGGAGACCAAUGAUUCAAAGAGAAAUGCACUCGUGGUGAACCCUCUGGAGGCUUGAUUCGAUAAAUGAUACUCUCCUAUCGACCAUAUUUUCAUUAAAAUCAGAUACAACUAUUCAGCACAUUUUUCACUGUCUCUCGAAGUUACAUUUUAUUGCGCGUCGUCAGAUAUUAAAGAAUGCAUUUACUAA